CGGUUGUUAAACCUGACAUAACCUUAAAAAAGUAAAAAAUUACAAAAAUAAUGAAUAUUUGGUACAUUUUGUAACUAUAUCCCAAUAAUUCCAAAAAAAAAUCUUUUAUCACAAUUAUGAACUUUCUACGAUCGACAAGAAAGUUGAUAGAACGCUCCCCUACUUUAAGAAGUAGUAGAUUAUUUUCAGCUGUCCCUCAAACUGAAACAAAUUCCCCCAAUGAAACUGAAUUGAAAAAAAUUGACCAUAAUAUAUUGAAGCACCCCGACUAUUUCCAUGUUCAUAAUUUAUUCACAGUGAAAGAUUUGUUUGAAGCUAGAGUUCAUUAUGGUCAUAAGGAAGGAUCUAUGGAUAAUCGAAUGCUGCCUUAUAUUUACGGAAGUCGAUUAGGCCAUAUCAUAUUUGAUUUGAAUAUAACGGCAGAGUACUUGAGAAGAGCUCUGAACGUUGCUGCUCACAUAGCAUAUAGGGAUGGAAUUAUAUUAUUCUUUUUGAAAGGAGCUCAGAAUUCCCAUCUGGUGGAAAAAACCGCUUUGGAAUGUGGAGAAUUUGCCCAUACAAGAUUUUGGAGAGGAGGAAUCUUCACUAAUGCCACAAAACAAUUCGGCGCUGUGACAAGAUUACCAGAUUUAUGCAUUUUCUUCAACACAAUGAACGAUGUUCUGUUACAGCAUACAGCUGUCAGAGACUCGGCCAAAAUGGGAAUUGCCACAAUCGGAAUCGUAGAUUCUAAUUGUAAUCCUAAUUUAAUUACUUAUCCAGUACCUGGAAACGAUGAUACACCAACAGCUAUUCAAUUAUAUUGUGAUUUAUUCAAAAAGGCUAUUCAAAGAGGAAAAGAAAAAAGGAAAGAACACAUGAAAAUAUCAGAAAAUUUGAAUAAUAAAGAGAAAUAAAAACCUGA